UGAAAAUUUUUAUCAAAUGAUACAGGAAUAUGUCUGUGCUGAAAUCUGAAAUGACAGGAUAGUUAUGAUGUGUAGAUUUUACUUAAGUUGUUAUCUUGAGAAUUAUAAUUAUACAUUUUACACAAUCUCUUAACCUAUUGGCUAAUUGAGAUUAAAAAAAUUAAUCUUAACACAGUAAGCUUGAACUAAAAGAACUAUACGGGCUCUUUUGUCUACAAAUGUUUUUACAAUGCCCUCAAAAAUACAGCUUUGAAACUAACUUGUGCUCUAUUGAUAUGAUGCUCAGGUUGAUUAGUUGUUGACCUGUUAAGUUUCUAAGGUAAAUUUUUAUGACUUACAGUUUUCUAAAAUGCCUUUCAUUACAGCGACUGAGACUGGUAUUGUGAAGAAAAAUUCUCGGUGCCAUCAUGUUGGGUGCGUGCCCCGAGCCUCGAGGCAACAGAAACAACACACAUCGUGUCGAGUGAGACCGCACCAGGAGCCAGCUGCCUCCCCCCAGUCGUGGCUGUUAUCGCGCCGAGGGGGGAAGGAAGGGGGGCCGCGGCGGUAUAAAUACCCGUCGGGACGCCGAAGACGCCGCAGGGAGAGCAUGGACGCCGACGGCCCGUGCAACGCGACGGGCGGCGCGUGCGGCGACGGGCUGAACGCGACGGGGCGGGUCGCCAGGGGCGCGCUGCCGUCGCGCCUGCACGAGUUCCAGAUCGUGAAGGCGGCCGUGCUGGCCGUCGUGACGCUCGUGAUCCUGGUGUCCGUGUCCAAGAUGGUGUUCCAACUGUUCGUGCGGUACGCCGUGCGCUCCGGCGACAAGUGACGCCGGCGGCGGUCGCCCCGCGCGCGGCGGCGCAGCUCCGCCUCGUCGUCGUCGGCGAGGUCCAAGAUGUGGUGAGGUCGCGCCGCCUCCUGGGCCGACGGCGACCCAGCCGGAGAACAUGACCCCCCACCCAUCCACAAUCCCUGAAGAGACUUUCAGUGACGACUGUGACGGUGACGCCCACCAACAAAAUCCCUGAAGAGUUGUCCGUGGACAAAGACACCAUCCACAAUCCCUGAAGAGAGUUUCAGUGACAAUUGUGACAAGUGACACCCACCAAUCCAAAAACCUGGCAGAUAUUAUGUUCGGUGACAAUCCCUGAAGAGUUGUGCGUGGACAACGGUACAUAGCGACACCAACCAAAAAUCACUGAAGAGAGGUUCAGUGAUAAAUGUGACAAGUGACAACCACCAAUCCAAAAACCUGGGGCAGAUAUGUUCAGUGACAAUCCCUCUGAAGAGUUGUGCGUGGACAAUGGUGUGACAGCGACGCCAACCACCAAUCAUUGUAAAGAGGUUUAGUGAUAAUUGUGACAAGUGACACCACCCACCGACCCCUGGCAGGAAAGUUCGGCGACAGUGGACAGUAAGUGCUCCUGGGCCGUACUGCUGGUGGUACCUGCCGCUGUCCUCCCAGGAAGAAUGGCGCCGAGGGGGCAUGUCACGCAACAGCCGGCCAAGCCCCGGCGAGGACGGCGAUGGAGGUCCACGCGUCCAGAAGCUGUGGCCAGUGACCGCUCCCCGGGAAAGGCGACAGUGGCACCGCCCAUCUACUGUGGACCACUUUACCGCCCAUCUACUGUGGACCACUUUACCGCCCACCCGUCCAUCUACUGUGGACCACUGUGCCAGUUAAGCAAGGCUGCAGGGCCCCGCGCCGGCCCAUGUCAAUUUUUAUUUUCCUUCUUGGUCUGGCGUCCUGAUAAAAAAAAUGUGGACAUUGCGGGAAAAAGGAAAAAUUAAAUUGUUACGUAUUUUAAACUACUGACCAAUACCUAUUUCACUGAUCGAAAAAUCAUUUAUAAAGCUAACCGGAGGUUAAUUUUUCAAGGAAUACCUACUGUAAAACAAAUUUCUUAAAAAGAAACUGGCCAAACCAUUUUUGGAAAUUGAAGUUCCAGAUUCGCUUGAAAAAUUUAUUGAGGAGUUGUUUAUUUGCCGUUUUUUUUUUCCGUACAAAGGCCUGAGGGUCAAACCACACCCUCCUGGUCCUAUAAAAGGCGCCUUUUCACAAAGUUAAGCCCCUCGUAAAAAUUAAAUGGCGCAGGGUCCCCCGCAAAGUGUGGGGUCGCCACUGGCUAUAGGGGUUUAAUCAGCCGCAAUGCCAGAUUCGUAGCACCCAAGGCCGGUGCCCUGGGGGGAGGGGGGGGGGUGAAUUUGGUGGUUUCGGGAGUUGUUAGUUGCUUGUCUCUAGGGUCCAGACAGUCCCCGAAUAUUACGAAGAAAAUUACUAAAGUCAAUACAGUAUUGGUAAACUUGUUUCACGGACUCGUUAAUAAGUAAUUAAUCUAUAAAUAUUUUUACUCACAUUUUCUGAACAAAGAAAUGUUACAAAUGUAAUUUUUCAAUAGGUUGAGAAGUCAGCAUCUCUCGUUUUUAUAACACACCAUCACUUCUCCCCCCUCCCUCCCACCACAUGCUUCCCCACCCUCAAAGCCAAUAAUUCUAGAUAUUCACCCGGAAAUGUAACUGGUUCGGCUCAGGAAACGGUCAAUGUCUCAAGUCUUUCGUAUUUUUUUAUGGACCAGAAACAUAAAUCCUUAUCAUGAUUUUUUUAAGUGUUCGCUUUUUUGGAGUUAUCUGGCAAAUUCGUCGAUAAAAUGAAAAUAUCACCGACUACUUAAUUGAAAGUGCAAUCUGAAUACGUAAAGUAAUUGAAAAUGCAGUUCUUCGAACUCUUGUGUUUAAUAAAAUGUAUUGUUAUUUCAGCAAGUGAUUGCAAGAGUGACUGAAACCUUUACCAAACAACUACAGGUGACGGCAUUUGACUUGUGCUUACAGUAAUACGAUUAUCCAGGAAAGCUAUUCUGUUCUUCCGUGAUUGAAUAUCAUGUUAAGUCGUAUCAAAUAUGUUAUGCAUUUACUAGUGUUUUGUAUGGGUAUUUAUAUCAUUAAAGACGUUAUACCUGUAA